AUGGCGCGCCGCAAACAAGUCACGCCCAUGCAGCGCAUUAACUCCGGGGAAGUUAUGCAGGCCCCUUCAGAUGUCCCCGAACAGCGCGCCGUCUACAGCAAUGGCCAUAUCCCCUCUCCUUCUGAGAAGUCGACCUCCCAUUCCCAACAGCGGUCACAGACACAGCAGGCCCACCCAAGCAUUCUGACCCUCCUCGUGUGCGUCGGCGGUAUCUAUGCCUCGUUUCUGACAUGGGGCGUGCUGCAAGAACGCAUCACCACCACUCCAUACCCGCUCACAUCCCCCUCCGCUGCGCAGGCGCAACAAGAAUACUUCCGCUUCCCGAUCGUCCUCAACACCAUCCAAGCCGUCUUCGCCUUCAUAAGCGGGAGCCUGUACCUCUCCUAUACGACCGGACAAUUCAACAUUCUUCCCUCCACCUCUUCCUUCCUGCCACUGGUGCUGGUUACGCUGACCACAACCCUCGCAUCUCCGUUCGGCUACGCUUCCCUCGCCCACGUCGACUACCUCACAUUUGUCCUGGCAAAAUCAUGCAAACUACUCCCUGUCAUGGCGUUACACGUUACCUUGUUCCGCAGGCGGUACCCUCUGUCAAAAUACAUGAUAGUACUGGCAGUCACCAGCGGCGUCGCAGUAUUCACCCUCUACCACCCCCCGAAGCCGGGCAAGACACGGUCGACACAGAACUCGAGUAUCUAUGGAUUGACGCUUUUGGGGAUCAACUUGCUGUUUGACGGCCUGACAAACACGGUCCAAGACCACAUCUUCCAAUCCCCGCACCGUUACGGGAAGACCUCAGGUCCGCAGAUGAUGGUCAUCCUCAACCUGCUCGGCACAAUCUUGAUGGGCGCAUACCUCGUGGCAACGCCAUACGUCCCUCAAGCGCUCAUCCCGGAGUUUGUGCGGACCGACACUCACGAGCUGGCUCAAGCCAUUUCUUUCUUUCAGCGCCAUCCACCCGUGCUCAAGGAUGUCCUGCUCUUCUGCCUCUGCGGCGCCGUCGGCCAACUCUUCAUCUACGCCACGCUAGAGAGAUUCUCUUCCCUCCUCCUCGUUACGGUGACAGUGACGAGGAAAAUGUUCACCAUGCUAUUGAGCGUCAUGUGGUUUGGACAUUCGCUCACCAAGGGCCAGUGGAUGGGCAUUGGGUUGGUCUUUGGCGGAAUUGCCGCCGAGGCAUAUAUACAGAAUCUAGAGAAGAAGGAGAGAGAGAAAAGGAAGAAACUGGCCGACAAGGGAAAAUGA